AUGAGCAGUCUGGCGUCCGGGGCUCCCCGGCGGCGUCUCGGGCUGUCUGACCGUCUCCUCUUCUGCAGGUGCAUCUACGUCCGCAGCCUCAUCACGCGGCAGCGGCUGCUGCUCCCGCGGCGGUUGCGCCAGGCCCGGGGACGCACAGGGACGGCGGGCGACCGCCCACGACGGCCAAUCAUCCAUGACUUCAUAAAGCGGAUCCAGACCAAAAUCAAAGAUCUUCUACAGCAGAUGGAAGAAGGGCUGAAGACAGCUGAUCCCCAUGACUGCUCAGCUUACACUGGUUGGACGGGCAUAGCCCUUUUGUACCUGCAGUUGUACCGGGUCACAUGUGACCAGACUUAUUUGCUGCGAUCCCUGGAUUACGUGAAGAGAACGCUUCGGAACCUGAAUGGCCGCAGGGUCACCUUCCUCUGUGGAGAUGCUGGGCCGCUUGCUGUAGGAGCUGUGAUAUAUCAUAAACUCAACAGUGAUUCUGAGUCCCGGGAAUGCAUCACAAAACUUUUGCAGCUCCAGAGAACCGUUGUGUGCCAAGAUUCAGACCUUCCUGAUGAGCUGCUUUAUGGACGGGCGGGUUAUCUGUAUGCCUUACUAUACCUAAACACGGAGAUUGGUCCAGGGACCGUGUGUGAAUCAGCUAUUAAAGAGGUAGUCAAUGCUAUUAUUGAAUCUGGUAAGACUCUGUCAAGGGAAGAGAGAAAAACUGAGCGCUGCCCCCUGUUAUAUCAAUGGCACAGGAAGCAGUAUGUCGGAGCAGCCCAUGGCAUGGCUGGAAUCUACUACAUGUUAAUGCAGCCAGCAGCAAAUGUGGACCAAGAAACCUUGACAGAAAUGGUGAAACCUAGUAUUGAUUAUGUGCGCCACAAAAAAUUCCGAUCUGGAAAUUAUCCGUCAUCAUUAAGCAAUGAAACAGAUCGACUGGUCCACUGGUGCCACGGUGCCCCGGGUGUCAUCCACAUGCUCAUGCAAGCACAUAAGGUUUUUAAGGAGGAGAAGUACUUGAAAGAGGCCAUGGAGUGCAGUGAUGUGAUUUGGCAGCGAGGUUUGCUACGAAAGGGCUAUGGGAUCUGCCACGGGACUGCUGGAAAUGGCUACUCAUUCCUGUCCCUUUACCACCUCACACAGGAUAAAAAGUACCUCUACCGAGCUUGCAAGUUUGCAGAGUGGUGUCUCGAUUAUGGAGCACAUGGUUGCCGCAUUCCUGAUAGGCCCUAUUCCCUCUUUGAAGGCAUGGCUGGCGCUAUUCACUUCCUCUCCGACGUCCUGGUGCCGGAGACGUCGCAGUUCCCAGCAUUUGAGCUUGGCUCUUCGAAGAGGAUUUAAAAGGUGCAAAAAGAUAACAAAUACCGGUUUGGACCAAACACCACCAGAUUGCCGAGUGCCUGACAUAGACCAACCGUGAAUCCUGAGAGAGAAAAGCAGAGCAAACACCCUCAAGUUACAGCAUGAGUGACAGAAACCACCGUUGGCGUUUUGUCACUGUGUCCCCUCACUGGUGUAAAAUACAAGUCCCUCACCCCAGACGCUCUGUAGUGUUUGCAUGUUUCUUGGUGUUUGUUGUCUGUAGGUGUAAGUUGUUCUAAAGGGAAACCCUUCUGCCGCACAAGCUCGUAGCUGGCUGUGCCCGCAUGUACAUAACAUGAAGUGGGGGUCUUCCACGUGGACACAGAAGGGAACAGUCAGGUGAUGUAUCAUAUCAGGAAGAGGUCUAGGGUGACAGCCUCGUGACAACACUGUCAGCAUUCUCUGCCGGCCCCUUUCAGACGAGCACGAUUCCCUCCUGUUCCACUCCAGAACCCGAGAACAUGCAGCCGAUGACGGUUUGCUGGGGCGCUUGGCGAGCUGCUGCCACGUGUCUCCUCUCUGUUCUGUGCUCCCCUCUGUGUUCUCGAGAAGCCAGGGCGCAGCAUGCACUGUUAGGGCUGCCACCCUCACAGAGGUUCCACGUACAGUGUGUGACGGUCAGGAGGCUCCUCACAGUCGGGGUGGCCAAGUGCUGGGCAGUGCGCUUCACAGUGCCAGGGGACACCAGGGGAAGCUUUUUAAUACUACACUGGCAAGAGCAAUGACACUGUUAAAGCAGACUCCACUUCAGACUCCCCAACGUUAUAAAUUAGUGUUGUAAGAGCAGUGGAUACGAUUCCAGAUGGGGGUAAACAGGACUGUGCUCAACUGCACCCAUGUCCCUGCAGUGACACUUAUUUCAAAAUUUAGGUAAGUUAUCAAAGUAUAAAUUUGGGAUGAAUACAUUUCUUAUUUUUUGUCCCCUUUUGGGUGAUAAAAUCAAAAGUACUUGUCUACAUUCACAGGUAUGGGAAAUGUAAUGUUCUAACCAAGAAAAUUAUGGCAUUAUCUGCCGACAUUUUCUAUUUUUAAAAAAUGAGCAUCAAUUUGGAUUCGCAUACACUCAGUAAUUCUGUCAUGUAGAUUUCAGUUUUUAGAAGGGUUUUGUCAUCGUGGUACAAGUGGUCUAGGACCUCCUAAGUACCUUCCGUCUUGCCAACUAAGGCGUGUGUCAUCAAAGACAAGAUGGGACUCCAUGGUCCUUGUCUGCAGGGACUGUCUGAACGUCUGUCAGGCCUAGUUUCCGCUCCUUUCAUGAAGGAGAAAGGACAUCACUGUAGAAGACAAGUCUCCUGUGCACGUGUGGUGUUUGGGGUGUGGCUGAGCCGUCUCUGUGGGGCCAGCACCUGAACACGCGGCUUUCGGCUUCCCAGGAUGCCUCACGCGUCUCUUUGCUGCAGACGCUCUUGCUUCCAGGACGUUACUGUUUCCUUUCACAUUAGUCUGAUGACUUCUGUGGGUGUAAAUCCUCACGAUCUUAUCUUAACUGACCUCCUGGACCUGCUCAUGGGCCUCUCAGGGCAGUCCAGCACCCCGUCCCCGAAGGCAGGGUGUGGAGCUGUUGUGCAGAGGACCUCGCAACACAUCAGGUCUCACCCAGUGUCAUCCAUCCUGCCCCACCCCCAGCACCCCCAGCUCAUCACACAAGAACACAGAACAGAGCUCACUAACGGGUCCUGUCCCCUUCCUUUCUCCGAGGAAGCCCGUGGGGCUGCACGGAAGCCACCCCAGGGCUCUCCAUACCGCCCCUCUCUGCAGGUGGAAGCCCUGGUUCUGGUUUGGCCACGUGUCUCCAGACCAGCAGCCGUGAGAGCGACUCCCUAGCAGUGUUCCUUCAUGAGCGUGUUUGAAAAAUACUAGUGUUUUAGAGGGAAAGAUAAAAUACCUGUGGAAUAAAUGGAGAUUUAUUUACAGAUUUUUUGUUAAAGCCAGCUGGGCUGACAUCUUACUUACCACUACAUAUUGACAGAUACGAUUCUGCAUUAGCCCACUUCCUCGAUGUGCUCCACGGGCUGCCGCGUGACAGCAGUUCCAGUGCUCAGUCCCUGAAGGCAGAGAGACAGCGCGUGCUUCACAGCAGACAGUUCACAGAGGCUGCUUUAAUAGUUACAAGUGUUUGAAAUCAGAUUUCAGAACAUCUCACAUUCAUUUCCUGGAUUUGUUCGUGUCUACAACUGUUCUCCAAAAUGUGUCUAAAUUUUAAAAAUAUGUACGUGUGCAAUACCAUUUUAAAAUUUAAAGGGAAGGAGUUGAUUUUCACACAAAGUGUAUGGGAUUCUUGAUUUGGUUAGUAAAAGACAGUUGUGGUGAU